UUGGACACGCCCACGGUCUCCAGUCCGGAUCAGUUUCUGUUUCUUGAGAAGUUAACACAUGUUGUAAGAAAGCCACAUCACAUUUUUUUAGCCUUUUGUGAUGAACUGGUGGGUGGAUCCUGGCAACUAAGAACGGAUUCCUGGUUAAAAAACAAAAACCGACCUUCAGUCCUGGAGGAGUUCAUAACACAGCUCUUGCUCUCCUGAUCUCUCAUUUCGGGACCUCGAACUAUUUGCUUGUUGCUGUUUAGAAGAGAUAGUCUACAACUCCGUAGAAAAUCCUAAGAAGGAGACACCAUGCCCAAACCACCAACUCUUAAUGAACUGAAGAGGCUGGGGGAGACUAGAUUUGGUAAACCUUAUCCGAGACACAGACUCAAGCUGCUUUACUGGUUUGCUAAAGAAUGUCUGAAUUUUGAUGUCUACAAUAAGAUGUCCUGGCAGUACGAUCCAGAAGAAGGACAUUUUGGUUUCCACCUUUUUGAAAACAGAAAUGACAGAAACGGUGAAAAACUCCUGCCUGAGGUGGAGCUUGACUACUACGAGGUGGGCAAUCUGAGCAGAGCAGGAGCACAGGAGCUGCCAGAUUACGUUCAAAAGGAUUAUAUCAAAAACCGUGAUGACUGCGACCGCAAUAUGGACCGCAUCAUAGUCAGCGUUGAUGAUGACUGUUUUGACAAAGUCUAUGUAACUGAGCACAGUGAUCGUGCAGAUUUCAACAAGGAAGCCACGUACUGCAUCAGCAGGGGCCUCAUUAUGAUUAUCAGGGAGCUGACCUUAGAGGACUUUCUCACAGAAACUGGGUAUUCGACACUGAGAACGAACACUGAUCUGAAUAUUGAGUUUUCGAUACAAAUAGAGGACCCUAGUUCAUUGGAUCAUAAUAAAAAUAAAAAACGCUGCAGAUGUAUCAUACUAUAACAGGGCUCUACAGUGAGACCAUUUCACUCGCAUUUGAGACUGAAAAGUUCUUUGUGCAACUGUGAAUAAAUAUUUAGGAGCACCAGUGCGAGUUGUAUAAUACAGGGGUUCCCAAACUUUUCCAGGGCAAGGUCCCCCAAAUGGCAUUAACAUUUGACCGAGGCCCCCCUUUUGCAAGAUGUCUUUAAAAUGCAUUAAAAAUACAGACUUCUGAAUAUAUCCUGCCUUUUUUAUUAAUAUUUACAUCUUACAUCUUUACAUUACAUUACAUUAGGAAUUGAUUGUGUGUGUGUGUGUGUCUGUUGUCUGAGAGUGAGAAAGAGAAAACAUACUAUUGGAAGGGAUGGGCACACCAAAUUGUUGAGGCCCCCCGGGCACCCCCUGGCGGCCCCAAAGGGGGCCCCCACUUUGAAAACCACUGGUAUAAAUCAAUCGGAAUAAAAACUUAAACUCCAAAAUGCAUCUACACCGUGCAACAGUUACUUUCACAAUGCUUUUCAUCACCUCAUUCAACCGAACAAGUGUGGAAAUACUGCAGAGAAACCUUUAUGAUGACAAGUACCUCUGUACAUCAUCUGCUUCUCUCAAACCGCCAUCUUUAUUGAUCCCGCUGAAUGACCUGCUCGUGUAGAGACAGCGGUAAAUUAAUAAUAAGGUUAACGCUACAAGGUGGGUUUUAAUUCAAAAUUCUUUAUUAAAUAAUUCCUUAUCAAUCAUAAUCAAGAGUAGCAACAGUUUAGUCUGUAAACAUACAGUACACUGCCGCUCUCCUUCACUAGCUCUAAUAGCGCAUUCACUUUAUUUAAACUCAGGGUUGCCAGAUAUCACUAGAAAAGUCAACUCCAGUUUCCUUGGUUUGGUUUGAUUUAAUCCUCUAAAAAACACAAUAUUAUCAGCAGACAUGGCAACACUGUACUGGAGAACCGAUCUAAAACUGAUAAACAAACAAACAAACAAACAGAAAACUAAUAAAAUGUAAAGACAGAAAAUGUGCUUAGUUAUAAAUAAAGAAUUUAAUAUUAAAAAUAGAUAUUAUAACAACUUCAUAAAAUAUCAAUAAAAUGGUAAAUGUAUAAUGGUAAAUGGUAAAAUGAGAAAUGAAAUAAUGUUUAAUUACUAUGGGUUGCAUUUAAUAUCAAUUUGACAUUAAGCUUAGUUCGCUAUCUCCUUAGAAAGCUAUUAGCCUUUUUCCUAACAUGGAUCAUUUUUGUGUUAGUCUACUUUGAAUUAGGACUCUUUAUUGUUUAAGAUAUUUAAAAAUAAAUAUUUUAUGCUUGUUUAUUUAUCAAUUAACCAACAGUAUUUCUCAUUGCUAUUAUUUAAACUCAAUUAACAGUGACCAUGAGCAGGGAGCUUAUAUUUAACUGUUUAUGACAGACCUCCUGAUUAAAGCUUAAAUAAAAAAAGAUUGGUGUCUGGAUCGGUAUCGGUCGUAAAAAUCCUGAUCGGAGCAUUGGAGCAGUAAUGAACACCAUUAAACUAAAGCGCUUUGCAUCUGACGGGUAAAUGAACUCACCCAAUCACAUCCUAUAUGAGAUUAUUCAGAUAUAUACACAAUAUACACAGAGCGGCUCGAGAACUGACUCCAGCCCAGAACCAUGACAGUGGGAAAGGUCUAAUAGUGUCGCUUUAGAUAUAUUUAAGAGGAGCAGACUUCAAACACUGAACAUUGAGGUUUAUUGUAUUUGUUUAGAAGGUGGAACAGGUUAACGUUUUUUUUUUUUUUUUUUUUUUGCAAACAGCCUGUAAAAUUAACUGAAAAUAUUACAUUUAGUUUGUCAGAAGGUAAAUUAAUUAGUCAUGGCUCACAUUAUGUUCCUAAAUUCUGUCAUAAUUGACCAGCUCAAGUUUUCUCAUGCAUACUUGUGUGUUAUACUGUGGCACAUUAAUGUUACCAUCUCUAAAAAACAAACAAAAAAACAAAAACAAACUAAACUUCAACGGUGCUCCUAAAUUUUUGACUGUGCUCCUAAAUUUUUGUAAUUUGGAGCACAAGUGCUCCUAAAAGAAAUUGUUAGCGUAGAGCCCUGCAUGUAGUAUUCAUUUGAGAGCAAAAUGCAACCAUUUUAAUAAAAAGAAAUGUUGUGAUUGUUGCCUGACAUGGGUUAACAGUAGUGCUGACUGCAAGGCAAAUCAGAGGUUUAUAUUAAGAUGCUUGUUCAAAUACAUUAACAUUUCUAUACUAAGAUCUCUUUCAUAAACUAAACCUAUUAACUAAUAAAUGGAUUAAAAAUGUGUUGUUACGUAACAACGAGGUGUAAUUGUUAAUUCUAAGGAGAUGUUUAUUUAACAUUUAUGGAAGGAGUCUCCAGUGUUUUUUAACAGUCAGUAAGUUUUCGGACAUGAGAAAGUCUUCAGGACAGAGGGGUUUUCACUUUGCUGUUUGUCGAUAAUAUGACAAGAAUGAGAAAACAGAAAGGCGGUGAGGGAACGACUAUUUAGAGCUGCUAUAAUGUACGUAAGUGAUAACAGGAACUAUCUUGACUUGAGGCUGCUUCAUAACAUUAAAUGUAACUUUAAUUUUUUAAAAGUAUGGUGAGUUAUUUGUAUAAUUUGGUGGACGUUUCACACUGGAAAUUCUUCUGGUGAAGGAAACAACUGUUUAUAGUGGUUAUAAUGUGAGCGAUAAGAGAAACUAGCUUGUCUUGUGGACAUUCCAUCCAUCUAUCCAUUUUUUAUACCACUUAUCCUACAGGGUCUUGGGGAACCUGGAGCCAACCCAGGGAACAUCGGGCACAAGGCGGGGUACACCUUGGACAGGGUGCCAAUCCAUCGCAGGGCACAAUCACAUACACACUCACACACCCAUUCAUACUCUACGGACAUGCCAAUUGACCUACCAUGCAUGUCUUUGGACUGGGGGAGGAAACCGGAGUACCCGGAGGAAACCCCCACAGCAUGGGGAGAACAUGCAAACUCCGCGCACACAGGGCUGCGACGGGAAUCGAACCCCCGACCCUGGAGAUCUGAGGUGUACGUGCUGCAGACAUUCCACAACAUUAAAAGUAAAUAUCAACGGAUAAAAGUAUAAUCUGUUGUUCUUUAACGAAUUAAAAAAUAUCAUUGACAUUGCUGUGGUAUAAAAGGAAUAAAACAUUCUGGGACAUGGGGUGAUGUUGAUUAAUUUCCUACAGUGUGUUCCAAAGUGCUGUAUUGCAUACAAGUUUUAGAACCUUUAGAACUAUCUAGGAUAAGUGUAGGAUUUUAAUAACACUUCAUUCAUUAUGUGUUGUAUAAUGUUAUUUUGAAAUAUUGUGAUAUUUUUGCAAAUGUAUUGUAUAUCAGUGUAGGGUUUUGGAAGUGGAUUAAUAUGUAUGUUUAUUAAGCAACUGGCAACCCUGCUAUAGGCUUGUACAGCAGCCUGAGCCUCUGAUCAGACACCCUCUGAUCCAUUUGAAUCUCUUGAUUUGUGCACCUGAGCCGCAGCCCUGCAUCCCAAAAAGGAAGACGAUUAUUUCACCAUGAACUCUGAUGUGGAUGGUGACCUGGAAAAUCAGGUGGAGUUGGAGGAGAAAACGAGGCUCAUAAGCCAGGUGCUGGAGCUGCAGAACACUCUCGAGGAUCUCUCGGCACGAGUGGACGCCGUGAAAGAGGAAAACCUCAAGCUCAAGUCCGAGAACCAAGUUCUGGGUCAGUACAUCGAGAACCUCAUGUCUGCCUCCAGCGUCUUUCAGACCACUGACUCCAAAAGCAAACGGAAGUAAGGGAGGCUUCCUGACUUCCCCCUGGACGGGUCCGUUACAGUCCAUUAACUCUCCGCCAUGGAUGCCCGCGUUUACUUUAUUUUAAAUUUUAUCCACGUAUAGACGCUAUCUAAGGUACCACUGUUACACGUUACGUUUACGGCGCUGCUUUUGAUCUGCUCUUAAUAUCACAUGACUAAAAAUAUCCUAUUAAUACAUGAAGCUGUUGUAUUCUAUGACAAUAGGAGUAAUUUUUUUCAUUUAUAUUUAAUAUUAUUUUUGCCUUAUGUUAGGGCAGGGUAUUAAAACUUUCACUGCUAAAUAGUUCCAUUAAUUUAUUGAUGGCAUUCAUUUGUGUUGCAUUUUGUUACUAUUUCAUGUUGUAUUUAUUUAAUUUCUAAUUUAAUUAAAAAAAAAAAAGAAAAGCUAUUUUAGUUUUUUUUCUCUUUUCGGGAACACAGCAGUGGUGAAUGUGCCUGUGAAGCUGCUGUGUGCCGCCACCAUGUGUUUUAGGUAAAUGGAUAAAUUAAGUGAGUUAUUCAGGUACUUCUGUUCAGGGAAAUAACAUUUCUGAUCUCCUGGUGCUUUUCACUGAGGAGUUUUAACAGGCCUCCAUUACAGCUGUGUCCACGCACAACAUUCCUGAGCUGUAUUUAACAUUUGUGUAAUAGUUAAGACAUUUAACCAUUGUUUGAUCUUAUUAGUGCCUGUUUUAAUAAACAUAUGUUUUCAUUUGAAAUCUGGUGCUCAUUAAUAUAUUAAGUAUACGGUACACACAUGGAUUACAGUCUCCUCCGAAAGUAUUGGAGCAGCAAGGCCAAUUCAGUUGUAUUCGCUAUAUAUUGUUUGAGGUCGAAAGAUGGAUAUGAGAUGAUGGAUCAGAAGAGUUUGUCCCUUCAGUCUCCUCUUCAGAAGGUGAAAUGCUGUUGAUGGGCAGCAAGAAACACGUAUCGGUCGCGUGUUCCAAUAUUUUUGAUCAUUUGAAAAAAUCGGUGGGUUCAAACAAAUGGUGCGAUGUUCUAAGUUGUUUAACAGAUCUAGAUGUGAAUAUGAGGAAAUGAAAGCUGAAGUUCUGAUCCUAUCGUCUCAUGUUCAUCUUUUGACCUCGAACCCAAAUGUCUUCAAUGUAUAGCGAGAACAACAGAAUUGGCCUUGCUGUUCCCCUUAUGUAAAAAAAAAUAUAUAAAUCACACAUUUCAGAUGGGCACAAGUUUAAAUCAACAUGCUUUGUUUUCACCACGUUUGAUCACAUCUGAAAACGAGCUAUUCGUUUUGUGAGAAAAUCACAGCUGAAAAACGAAACCACUACGCCCUACGUGUGAAAAUAAACCAAUCGAGUGCAAAUAAAAACCCUUGCUUGUGAUAAAUGUGUGAAACCAAACAAACGAAGUGUCUAAAAAGACAUCUGCUGAAGGAUUCUGCACAGAACCUUUAAAGGUUCUCCCAUCAGGACAAACUAAGAACGCUUUAUUGUUUUCUUUUAGCGUCGGUGAAAUAGAGCUGCUGGCUAUAAUGCAUCCUUUUGCUAUAAACACUUAUUAUAGAGUCUGAUACCUGAUGCUUUGCGCGUUUUAGAAAAUAAGAUAUAGCCGAAACCUUUCUGAAAUGUGAAAAUAUGCUUCUACAUCAGCACAUUUUAAAGCUUCCCCAUAGGAACAAUCCGGAAAACCUUUGGUAUUGUAGAUGAAACCUUGCUUAUGAAAACGGAGGCCUCAAGGCUGAAGGGAUCUUUACAAUCCGUGCCAUGCAAAUGAGCUUUUAAACUAACAUGCAAAUGGAGAAUUCAUUCUAAUAAGCCGUGAUUUGAAAUCCAAAGUAAACUGAACCAGAGAGAAAGAACCACUCGUACUGAACAUCCUGAAUUUCAAACACACUUGGUAGUGUUAAUACGGUAGUAUACAGCUGUUGAAGAGUAAUGAUUUAUAAUCCGGUGUGCCUGGGUUCCGAGGUUCCCGGGUUCGAGUCUACCUCCUCUUAAUGUUUCUUCCUUAUGCCUUCUCAAGUCACAUCCGGUUCGUUCGUUAGUGAUCUAAAUCUACAUCCGGAUUUCUGUUAAGCUUCUUAGUGACAAUGGCUAUUGUUCAAAUUGCUAUACAUAUAAAUAAAUAAAAAAAAUUCACCUUUCAAGAAUGGUAGAAUAUGUCUCAGGAGUAAUGGCGAGCCGGGGAGAGUGAGUCUCAAGCGGAUUAGCAAAUGAAAUACAGUACGAAAUAAUAGUCACAAAACAAAACAGGAGUUUUUUGCUUUAUUGAUUUUGUAAUAAAUAUCAUACUGUGAUAGAAAAGAAAUAGAAGUUGCCCCCCCCCCCCCCCCUCCACCCCUGAAAAAAAAGAGGUUUAAUUAUUACAAGGAGACAUCACCUCAAUCUCAGUAAUGUGUGAAUAAUACUACCUGAUGCGACAGUCAAUCAUUUAUAGCAUGGACGUGGCAGUGGGACAAGAAGAACUAUCCCUGAACAAGGUGUACCUGACAACAAUUAUUCAGAAAGACAUCUGACAUACGUAUCUCCCUACCAUUCGGGUGGACACACCUGUAACGAGAUUAAUAAUGUGAAAACGGAAAGUGAUCAACUGUUAAUCCUUAAAUUAAUAAACGUGAGAAAUGUCUGAGCUAAUAUUGUUCGAGCGUCAUUUUGACAUCAAGUGCUUCAUGUACUUUAUGGAACAAAGUCAUUCUUCAUUGAGAUCUUCGACGUCCUCGUCAUUUUUUUUUCUUACAGUACUAAAGACGUAACGUUUGAGUCAUGCUGAUCAUCAUAGUUCUCCAUGGUUCCAAAUGUUCAACAAAACAUUUUGAGUAAAAACAUCAAACAAAAUCAAUUAUUCAGUCCAUUCAAAUCAAGCCACCCCCACGAGGAGCUCGCAAUGUUUCAAAAAAUACCGCAUAUUUACCCCAGAUUUGGG